UGUUAUUAAGUCAAAGUGCGCGGAUCGCAUUUGUCGGAGGGGAGAGACUCCUGCCAAAUAAGUUGAACUUUGUCGUCAAGUCAAGUGAACUGUGUUCUUGUUGCUGUUGCUGUUGCUAAAUAUUUAUUUAUGUACAUAAUUGAAAAGGUGGCAUUUAUUGCACAUUAAGAGGUGUCAAGAAGCCGUUAAGCCUGUGCUUAAACUAUUUAACAUAAAAAGCGCGUCAUUGUCUGGCCGAUCGGCAUCUGGAGAAGAUGGGCAAGUUCGAGUACUCGCUGGGCCUCAAUGAGUUCAAGUCCAAGGAGCUGCGCCUGUGGCAAGCGCUUGUCGGCGAGUUCAUUGGCAAUCUGAUAUUGAACUUUUUCGCCUGUGGCGCCUGCACGCAGCCAGAGGAUGGCACCUUCAAGGCGCUGGCCUUUGGACUGGGUGUCUUCAUGGCCAUCACUAUCGUGGGCCAUCUGAGCGGCGGUCACGUCAAUCCCGCCGUGACCCUGGCCAUGCUCAUAGCAGGCCGAAUCAGCGUACUUCGAGCGGUCUUCUAUAUAGUCUUCCAGUGCCUGGGUGCCAUUGCCGGCACGGCUGCUGUCAAGAUCCUUCUCGAUCCGCUAUAUCACAACGGUCUGGGCCACACCAGCUUGGCCCACAACAUUUCCGAGCUGCAGGGUCUGGGCAUUGAGUUCUUCCUGGGCCUAGUUCUGGUGCUGACCGUGUUCGGCGCCUGCGAUGCCAACAAGCCGGACUCUCGCUACACGGCGCCACUGGCCAUCGGCAUGGCCGUCACCUUGGGACACCUGGGCACUAUUCAGUACACGGGCGCCAGCAUGAAUCCGGCUCGCACUGUGGGCACGGCCUUUGCCACCAACAACUGGAACGCCCACUGGGUCUACUGGGUCGGACCAGUGCUGGGCGGCGUGACGGCUGCUCUGCUCUACACUCAGGUGCUGGAGGCGAAGACUCCACCCAAGAGCAACGAGGUCGCCGAGAAAUAUCGCACGCAUGCCGACGAACGUGAGCUGCGCAAACUGGAAGGAUCACGCGACUAUGCUUAAGAUGAUAUCCUGCUUCUGUAGCCUGCAUCACAUCGGGUCCACUCGAAUCCUGCGAGUCGAAAGGCAAAUGCUCACAAGAAUUGGAAUUGAUUCCGUUUCGUUGUAAUCUUGAAUAAUUUUCCGUAUACGUGUUAAUUUUUGUACGUACGAGUAUUUAUGUAAUUAUUUAUGCAACACCCAUUUUUAAACUAAUACCUAAUUUAAGCUGUGCUUAACGCCAAUUCAACAAACUUCUUAUACUAUAUAUACGAGCGUUCAUAAUAAAGAUAAUUAUCACGAAA